AGAAAUCAAAAAUCCUUGCUUAGUUGAGAAGAUGCCCGUGGCAAAAGACAAUCAAUUUUGGGAUGCACUGAUGGAAAAUAAAGUGGCGAAAAAGUUGAUAAAGAAGCAUAAAUGCAAGGCUAAGUGUGAAAAUAUUGAUGAUCUGGCAAAUAGAUAUGAAGUCUCCAAGCAAGAAGUUGAAAAGGUGUUCAAAAUUUUCCAAUUAAUGGAUGACGAUGGAUCAGGUACAAUUUCUUCAUCUGAAGUUGCCAAAAUGUUAAAUGAAUUGGGUAUUGAUGUUUCACCAAAAGUUGUUCAAGCUGUAAUGAGAAGCAGUGAUGUCAGUGGAGAUGGACAAAUUGAUUUUGAAGAAUUUCUAGCUGCUGUUACUUCCAAAAUUAAGCUUAGUACCGUGAAAGCAGAUGUACAGUUGAUGCUUUCAAAAAUUGAUAACAAUCCAGAAAAAGUGAUCUCGGCUGAAGAACUUGUUGUUGCUUGGAGUGAAACAGUUUCAACAAAUAUCACCGUCAAAGAAGCAUGUGCACUUAUUCAACAAGCAGAUACACAAGGACGCGGAAAAGCAACAAUCCACGAGUUUAUCACAAUGUGUCAGACUGUAUAACUUCCAAUAUACGCAUUAUAUCUGCUUCAUCCUUCAUUCUCACUUACCAUCUUUAAUAUUGAUCUCAUUUAUCGUAUUUGCUAUUUUACCAUUCGAUUGAUUGCAUUAUUUUUUGAAAAAAAUGGGCUUUUGAGAAUCUUAGAGCAAUGAACCCCUACAUAAAGUUUUUGUAACAAAAUUCGAAUGAAAAAUUAGUUGAAAAACUGAAAAUUUGAAAAUUAUAUAUUUUUUUGUUUUUCCUGGACCGUUUUAC